AUGUCAUUUUCUGAAAACGAAGAGCCUCCAGAGCUUUUUGAUAGCUCACAGUUUUCACUUGAUAAAUCUUAUAAUCCAAAAGAAGACCUUGUUGAAAAUCAAAGUUUGGAGAUUUUUGUUACAGCUGUUGAUAUUGAGCGAUCAUUGGUUGUAAAAGACGGGGAACAUGAAUUUGAAGAAUGGCUUGAACUCAAUAAUGGAUGUCUAUGUUGUACAGUUAAAGAUAAUGGAGUUCAGGCAAUAGAAAAUCUCAUGAAAAGGAAAGGUAAAUUUGAUUAUAUUUUACUUGAAACAAGCGGUGUAGCAGAUCCAGGUCCUAUAGCGAAUAUUUUUUGGUUGGAUGAUGGUUUAGCUUCAGAAUUAUAUUUGGACGGAAUUGUUACUGUUUUAGAUGCGGAAAAUAUUCUUAAAUCAUUGGAUGAUGUUAAUGAAAAUGAUGGGAUAUCGACAGCGCACGUUCAAAUUGCUUUGGCAGAUGUGAUAGUUCUUAACAAAAUCGAUCGUAUAAAAUCCAAUGAAAAAUUAGAUAAUAUACACAAACGUGUUGAAGGAAUUAAUUCUGUUGCUAAAAUAUAUGAUACCAAAUUUUCAAAUGUUCCAUUAGAUGUGAUUUUUGAUAUUCGCUCCUAUGAUUCUAAUAAUACAUAUAUCGAAAAAAGCUUUCAUUCACAUGGAUGGCAUGAUAAGAGGAUAACGACCGUUGCAGUAUCUUUUCCUAAGUUGAAUGCAAAAGAAUUAACUGCUUUUGAAAACUGGAUACAACUUGUUCUUUGGGAGGGUAAAUUAAAAGAGUCAAAUGUUGAAAUUCAUAGAUCGAAAGGGAGACUCGUUACGUUAGAUGACAAGGUUUUUAUUUUACAAGGUGUUCGACAAACUUAUGAAUUAGUUCCUGUUUUUUCUAAAGCGACCGAAGAAUGGAGACUUUCUAAAUUUCCUUCCAAGUUAAUUUUUAUAGGAAAGAACCUUUCAAGGUCACUUUUGCGAAAUGAGUUAUCGAAAGUGCUUAAACUAAAAAGUGAAGAGAUAUUAUAA